AUUUUAAUUCACAAAAAAUGCUUCAAUGACGAUAUAACACUUAUAUACCAAAUCGAAUUCGAAUACACAAACGAGCCAAGAGUCGUUACUUCUCUCUGGGAACAUAUCACAAAAAAUGACCUUUUCCUCUCCCUGCUUCAUGAUCUAUAAAGCUUCAGUUGGCUUGAAAAAGUUUAUCUAAAUAAAUCCUUGUUGAGUUGACAGCCGAAUACGGCCAAACACAAUUUUCAUUUGACCCAUCAAAAGUUAAAAGAUAUCACACCAAUCACUAUCGGGAUAUGAAGAUCACACAUUAUUAGCUCAAGGAACAGUGCUCUAGAUGCCUGAUAAAAGCAGGUGGAUUCCGGAUUGUUGGAUUUUAGAACUCUUACUGUUAACUUUGGCUAUGGAGAAUAGUUAUCAUUCUAGCUGGCCUGACGCUGAAAAUUGGGCUGAUUUCAGUGCUGCACCAAGCAACGAGUCUUCUUUCAUAGUCCCAUGGCCGAUAGAGCCUCAUUUUUCUGCCUCUAGUUCAGUUAAAUGCCAUGAUUUCCCUUUGUGGGCAAUACCGACUGAAGUAGUUGCAGAGGAUAGAGCUACUACUGUUUCCAAGAGCCAUAGACAAGCUGAGAAACGGCGUAGGGACAGAAUUAAUGCACAGCUUGCAGCUCUCAGGAAACUGAUUCCCAUGUCUGACAAGAUGGACAAGGCAGCUCUAUUGGGAAGUGCAAUAGAGCAUGUAAAGGAUUUAAAGCGAAAAGCAACAGAAAUCAGCAAAGCUUUCAAUAUACCGACAGAAAUUGAUGAAGUAACUGUAGAUUGUGAUCUUCCUGAAGACAUAAGCCCCACCAAUACCAAUCAAAGCAAGGACAAGAUCUUCAUCAGGGCUUCUGUUUGUUGUGAUGAUCGGCCAGGAGUGUUCGCGGAGGUCCUCCGAGUCCUCAAAGGCCUAAGGCUAAGCACAGUUAAAGCUGAUAUUUCAAGUGUAGGUGGAAGAAUGAAAAGCAACUUGAUCCUUUGCAAUGAAAACAGUGAUGAAGAUCAGAGUGUUUCACCAAGCACUCUAAAGCAGUCCCUGGAUGUGGUUUUAAGCAGGAUUGCUUCAUCAUCAACAGGAUCAAAUUGUCGCAUCAGAAGCAAAAGGCAAAGGUUGUUCUUGCCUUCUCAGUUUACACGUUAA